AUGGCUGGCCUUCGAAUCCUCCUCAUCGGCAACGGUGGCCGCGAGCACGCUUUGGCGUGGAAACUGAGCCAAUCUCCUCGAGUCGACGCCAUCUUUGCGGUCCCUGGCAACGGCGGCACUGCAACUUGCCCCAAGGUCACCAACGUCUCCUCUGUUUCUGCCGAAGACUUUGCCGGCCUCGUCCAGUUCGCCCAGGCCAAUGGCGUCAAUCUCGCCGUCCCUGGCCCCGAGGCCCCCCUCGUCGAUGGUGUCGAGGGCUUCUUUCGCAGUGCCGGCAUUCCCUGCUUCGGACCCUCCAAGGAGGCUGCUCGUCUCGAGGGCAGCAAGACCUACUCCAAGGACUUUAUGAAGAAAUACAAUAUCCCUACCGCUGCCUACGAGAACUUUUCCGACUACAACCAAGCGAUUGCCUAUAUUGACAGCAUCAGCCACGACGUCGUCAUCAAGGCCACCGGUCUGGCUGCUGGCAAGGGUGUCAUUAUCCCACAGACCAAGCAAGAGGCCAAGGAUGCGCUGAAGGAAAUCAUGGUUGACAAGGCCUUUGGCGAUGCUGGAGACGAAGUUGUCAUUGAGGAGUUCCUUCAGGGCGAUGAGCUCAGCGUUCUCACUUUUUGCGACGGCUACUCCAUCAAGUCUCUUCCUUUGGCUCAAGACCACAAGAGGAUAUUCGAUGGCGACCAGGGUCCAAACACUGGCGGCAUGGGCUGCUAUGCGCCUACAAACAUUGCUACUGCUGAGUUGGUCCAGCAGAUCGAUAGGGAUAUCCUGGUGCCCACCAUCACCGGUAUGAGACAGGAGAAGCAGCCCUUCCGCGGUGUGCUGUUCACAGGUCUCAUGAUCACCCCCGCUGGGCCAAAGGUGCUCGAGUACAACGUGCGAUUUGGUGACCCCGAAACCCAGACCGUGCUGCCUCUGCUCUCCGCCGACACCGAUUUGGCCGAGAUCAUGCUGGCCUGUACAGGCGGCUAUCUAGACAACGUCCACAUCACCAUUGAGAACAAGUUUAGUGCUACAGUGGUGCUUGCUGCUGGCGGUUAUCCUGGCUCUUACGCCAAGGGCACCCCGAUGACCGUUCAGAGUCCUCCUGCGGGAAGCACCAUCUUCCAUGCCGGCACACAGCUUGAUGGAAGUCAACUCAAAACGUCUGGUGGCCGCGUGAUUGCCAUUAACUCUGUCGGAGAAUCACUCAGAGCUGCCGUCGAUGCCUCAUAUGCUGCUCUGGCGUCCAACGUCAUUGACUUUGAGGGCAAAUUCUUCCGCAAGGAUAUUGCCCACCGUGCUUUCAGAGACACGAGCAAGGUUUCCAUGACAUAUGCCCAGGCUGGCGUGGAUAUCCAGGCCGGCAAUGACUUUGUGGAAAAAAUUAAGAAGGCUGUUGCUAGCACUAAGAGAGCCGGAGCCAGCGCCGAGAUUGGUGGCUUUGGAGGCGAAGUCGACCUUUCGCAGUGCGGAUAUCCGAACGCGCCCAUCUUGGUUGGCGCCAUUGACGGUGUUGGAACCAAGCUGAUGAUUGCGCAAGCCAUGAAGAAGCACGACACCGUGGGUAUCGAUCUCGUUGCCAUGAACGUCAACGACCUGGUUGUCCAGGGUGCUACCCCCUUGAUGUUCCUCGACUACUACGGCUGCAGCAAGCUGGACCUUGCUUCCGCUGCUGAUUUUGUGGAGGGCGUCGCCAACGGCUGCAUCCAGGCCGGCUGUGCUUUGGUAGGCGGUGAGACCGCCGAAAUGCCCGGCAUGUACAAGGACGAGGAUUACGACGCGGCUGGCUGCGCGGUGGGUGCUGUCACCGCCGGCAGCAUGCUUCCUCGGAAGGAUGCCAUGGCCGAGGGCGACGUCCUUUUGGGUCUCGGAUCCAACGGUGUCCACUCCAACGGCUUCUCACUCGUGCGAAGGAUUGUGCAGGCCGCUGGCUUGGACUACUCUUCGACUGCUCCUUGGGAUUCUUCCAAGACCGUUGGAGAGUCCCUCUUGACACCUACCAAGAUCUACGUCAAGAGCCUGCUGCCCGUUCUCGGCCAAAUCAAGGGUCUCGCUCACAUCACCGGAGGUGGACUGCUUGAGAACGUGCCUCGCAUGCUCCCCGACUCAUUGGCAGCGGAGAUUGCGUAUGGUACUUGGGAAAUGCCCCCCGUCUUCCAGUGGCUCAAGGCAGCUGGUAAUGUCGCUCCGGCAGAGAUGUGCCGAACAUUCAACUCAGGUAUCGGCAUGGUGGUGGCCGUCGAGGCGAGUCAAGUUGAGGCUAUGGUAUCGGCUCUGCGCAGUGGCGAUGAGCGUGUGUACACAAUUGGCAGACUGGUUCAUAGACAAGAUGGCCAGGCAGGAUGUGUUGUCCAGAAUCUUGAGUCGUGGGCAUAG